AUACAUUUAAGUUCACACCAUUUCAGCAUUGGUAACCUAUGUUCAUGGCAUCAUGGUAGGGCUUGGUACUGGAGCACCUAUCGUGCAGGUGUAUCAUGAGAAAUCUAUUAUCUUACCUGAUGUCUCAAGGGUGCUUGCAUGCCUCUACGAGAAGGAUAUCAAGUUUGAAACUCACACAGCCUCUUAUAAGAGCCUACUCAGACUGCAGGCAUCGUCACAUGCUCCAGUUCCAUUCUAUGACGGGCCUACAUUUCUAGAAGAAUCCAGAGGAAUCUGCCGCUACAUAGCAGAAAAAUAUGAACACCAAGGAUAUCCAUUCCUCCUUGGGAAGGAUGCCUUGGAGAGGGCUUCGGUUGAGCAAUGGCUCCACAAUGAGGAGCAUGCUUUCAACCCUCCAAGCCGGGCCUUGUACUGCUAUUUGGCCUUUCCCCUGGAUGAAGAAGAUGGUGAUGAUAUUGACAUGCAUACAAGAAAGCUAGAAGAAGUUCUGGAAGUUUACGAGCAAAGGCUCAGUGACAGCAGAUUCCUUGCUGGAAACAAGUUCACCCUUGCUGACCUUGUUCACCUGCCAAACUCCCACUACAUCACAGCAUCUGACAAGUUUGUCUACCUGUAUGACUCGAGGAAAAAUGUGAGCAGGUGGUGGGAUGAGAUUUCUAAUCGGAAGUCUUGGCAGCAAGUACUGAGGCAUAUGAAGAGGGUGGAGGAGCAGAACAGGCAAGAGGAACUGAAGCAGCAGCAGCAGAAAGAGCAUCCUAGAACCUCUGGCCACCCGAUCCGGAUAGACUCUAUAAAGCUGAUCGGCACAGAACCUCGCACAAUAUUGGUUCCUCCUGCUGAUACUGUGUCAUCAUCUUCCAUAGCUCCUCCCCAUCCUACUGAUACGUUCCCCGGUGAAGCACUGGUUUCCUCUAGCCAAACCACUCCUACUGAUAAAACUUCAGCUGUCCUAAGCAAGGAAACUACAAUCUUUAAUGCCCCUGACGAAAAACCACCAACCUCAGUUCAAAACGCUCGUACCACUUCUAUAAAACAUCCUAUUCCUGUUCAAAGAAUUAAAGAUGAUGCCUUCCCUACCGCUGCCAAGAAACCUCCAGUAGCCGGUACUGCCAAGUCCAGCACUAAAGAUGCCUCAAUCCCUGAACCCACUGCAAAAGACCUCCAUACUAGACAUAAGCCAAGUUCAUCAAAGGAUGGUUCUAAUAACCUUGAUGUGUUUGAUUACUACCCAAGCUAUACUGAUGAAGAAACACCAUACAUUGAACCUACUCAAAGAAAUUCGGAUCUGUUGGAUGCAUUCUCUGGGUCCAACAUUGCCGCUGGUCAUACUAAAACCAGUUCAAUAUCAGCCAAAGAGCCUGACCAACCCAGUGUAUCUGAUUUCUACAAGAGUCACAGCAGAGCCACUGGUAUUGAUUCUCAGAACAAAGAAUCAAUUCCAUAUUCUGGUCGUACUGCACCAGACCUUGAACCUGCAGAUACUUCUGGUAGCAAGCUCCAUACAACUGGUGUUCAUCGUAGGCUGCAGCCUGAGCAGUGGCAUACUGCUACAGCCAAAUUAAAUGACCUACAGCAAGAUGCUGAUCAACUAAUGUCUACUCAACAAGGAAAACCAAGCAAAGAUGUGAAGCAGUACCCAUCGCAAGAUUCAGAACAAGCAAUCUCACAUCCUAUUCCUGAAGAGCCAAUGAGCAUGGAAUUGGUUCAAAGACGAGAAAAUACAACUCAAAGACCCUAUACUGACCAGAGAAGUCGAGGAAUUGUGGAGGAUAAAGCAUCUUGUGAUCAGAGAAAUGCAUUACUGCUCCCUUCUGCACAAGAGCAUGCUGCAACUCCAUCAUGGCAAGAAGCAGCUAAAGAUGCUCGAGGCAGAAUUCCAUGGCAAGCUGGAUAUCCAGGCGGUCAAGAUACCAACAAGCAACCUAGAGACCCUGCUUCUGUACCAAGGCAAAGAGCAGCUCAAGAUGCUAGAGGUACAUUUGGUGAAUCAAAGGCUGCGGACUCCACUAUACCCAGUGAAAAUUUUCCAGAUGCUUCUGGAUCUUCUCUCCCAAGGCAAGAUUUAGAUGCUGCUCACCACACUACAGCACCAUUUCAAAAGAGAUAUCCUGGAACUGAAGAUACCUCCAAGCAAGCUAAAGACAAAAUUUCUACUCCAUGGCCAAUGACUGACAAAGAUGCUGAAGAUACCACUGAAGAAACACAAAUUUCUGACUCUUCAUUAUCCCAAGUGCGACCUUCGUAUUUUCAGAAAGCUGAUGCUCCUCCAUGGAAGCAAGAAACAACUGAAGAUCGUCAUAGUGGAACUUCAUCAAUCCAAGAAAAACAUGCUAAUGUCAAAGACAGCACUGGAAUAUCUAGGGAUGUUGCUUUCAAGCCAAAUCAAACGAUUGGUCAAGAUGAUCAAGACACCUUCAAUGAAACAAAGUCUGGUGGCCCCUCAUUGCUUAGGGACCAACAAACAGACACUUGGCAAGCUGCAUCUACUUUAUCAGAGAAAGAAGUAAACCAAGAUGGUCGUAGUGUGGCUCCACCAUGGCAAACAGGAUAUCCAAGUUCAACUCCUCCAUCCAAAACAAGAUACCAAAUUGCUAAGGAUGUCAGCAAGCAACCAACAGGGACUGCUCCAACACCUAAGAAGAAAGCAGCCCAAGAUGAUAAAGGAACCUCUGAAGAAUCAAAUACUGCUGAUGAAAUAGCAUCAACCGAUCAGCCUUUAAGUGCCUGGAGAGCUCCUAUUUCUCCACGAAGACAAGAGGUGGAGAAUUCUUCUAGGAUGAAUACACCAUUCCAAAAGAGAUAUCCUGGUGAUCAAGACAGCAUGCAAGUUGCCCACAAUGCUUCUGCAUCAUGGCAAAUUGCACCUGAUGGUCGUAAAGAUAUCUUUGAAGAAACAAAACCUGCUGACUCUAGAACAAGUGCAAAACCUGUGUACACACAACAAGCUCCUCCUCCUCUUCCAAGACAAACAGAAGCUGAAGAUGGUCAGGGCAAAGGCAGACAAAGUAGAGUAACCAUUCCUGAACCACAGGAAAUGGUAGCAAGAAAUGCUCAAGUCACACAUGGAGAAAGGAAGACCACUACACCUGGAGAGCAUUUUUUAGAUCGUCUGCAAGCUAUUCCACAAUCAAGUCCGGCAGCAGCAAAAGAUGUCCAGAGUGCAACUGGUGAGACAAGAAAAUUUCCAGAUAUUCUUGACACUACCAAGAAAUCUAGAGACACCUUUGAAGAAACCAAAGAUCCUGACUCUACAUUACCCAGAGCACAAUCUUUGGGUGCUGGAGAUGCUCAACGCACCAUUGGAGAAUCUGGAACACCAACUUCUGAUCUAAGGAAGGAUGUUUUAAGACGACUCCAGCCAGAUGCUCAAGAUCCAUUUCAGCAAUCAAAAUUAUCAGCUAUUGAUCAGAAAGACUUGGGUCCAUUAUCAUCGAAGGAAAGAGAUGCAAAAGAUGCUCUGGCCACCACGAGUGAAGAAAAAUCAAUCUCAGCUGAGAGGCAUAGGGAGAUGAUCAAAAGCAAACCCCAGGGCUCCAUUAAGGUACAAAAAGCAUCAUCUCUUUACCAGAAACAGCCUCCAGUUGGACAAGACAACCAGGAACCAGCUCAAAUCACUGAAGCUGUUGAGAAAGCAAAUGGUUCCAUACCAAAGCAUCAACAAGCUUCUGAUAUUCUGUAUACUUUGGAUGAGAAAAUAGAUACUACAGCACCAGCCAAUGCAAAAUCUCGUUCCAACUUCGGUGCAGAAGAGCUGUACAGAAAAGAUACUACCACAGAUCAGAAAUUGGUGCCACCUCUGUUGAGCAAAGAUCUAACUUCCCAGGUGCAACCUUCCUCUGAAUCAUUACAAGAAGCAGCUUCCCGUGGCGAUCUGUCUACCGAUCCAUCCACCAUUGAACAAUGGCAGCGUGCAUCUGUGCCAUUAAAUGAUGCAACUUCUAGUUCUGGUUAUGAUGAGAUUGGCAUGGCUACCAUUGAUCAGAAGCUAACACCAAUGAGCCAAAAAGCUACUCCCAGUUCCGAGGGUGUCAACCAGAUGGCCAAAGAAUCCGGCGAGCAGAGAGUGGAACCCCAUGUACCAGUAGAAGCAGAAACAUCUGGUGUUCAAAGUGCUUCACCAUCAUUCCCAGGAGCUUCCACAGCACAUCAUGCCACUACUGAUGAUAAGUUUUCUAAGCAGUCAAUUAUUGAUGAAAGAGUUGGAGAACCAACAAAAAUGCAAGCAUCUAUUCCAGCACAUAUAGCAGCUCCUGAUGGUCAUUCAGAGCUUGUCAGCAUACCUGAUGGGCAAAUAUCAGAGGCUGCAAAAACUAGACAUGAUCAAGCCACACUCGAAGAUGUUCAUGAUGCCAAUUUGCCAAUUCUUGAUGUUGCUAAAGAUAUCUUCAAAGAAACAAAGCUUGCUGACUCUACACCAUCUAGUGCAAAACCUAUGUACACUCAACAACCAGGGCAUGCAGAAGUAGAAGACACCAGGGACAGAGGGACAAAAAGUAGAGAAACUGCUCCUGACCAACAAAAGAUGGUGGAAAGAAGUGCAGGUACAGCUGGAGAGCAAUUUUCAGAUCGUCUGAAAGCAAUUCCUCCAUCAAAAUAUAGAGAAGGUACUAUAGAUGACCAGAAAGUGGCACCACCUCCUUUAAGCAGAGAACUAACUUCCCAAGUCCAACCUCCCUCCGAACCAUCACAUGAGGCAGCUCUCCAUGGAGAUUUUCCUAGCAAACAAUCCACCAUUGAUCAAUGGCGACAUGCAUCUGCUCCAUUGCAUGAUGUGACUUCUGGUUUUGGUGAUGAUGAGGUAGCCAUGUCCGUCGUUGAUCAGAAGCCAACACCAAUGGGACAGCAAGAAUCUGAUGAGCAAAGAGUGGGACCACCUGUACCAGUAGAAGCAGAAACAUCUGGUGCUCAACGUGCUUCACCAUCAUUUCUAGGAGCACCUGUGGAUGAUCAUGCCACUAUUGGUGAUAAGUUUGCCAAGCAGUCAAUUUUUGAUGAAAGAGCUGGUAAACCAAUACAUAUGCAAAUAUCAAGUCCAGAUGCUCAUCCUGCUUCGGAACUUACUAAGAGAGCAGCUCCUGAAGGUCAUGAAACUGGUGAUUCUGAUGGCCAAAUAUCAGAAGCAACAAAAGCUAGAGAUCCAGCCACAGUCCAUGAAGAUGUUAAUGAUGUCAAUUUGUCAACUCAUGACGUGGGUAAAGAUACCUUCAAGGAAACUAAGGUUUCUGACUCUACACCAUCCAAUGCCAAACCUAUGUACACUCAGCAACCUGCUACUACUCCAUCAAGACAAACACAAGUUAAUGAAGCUAGGGACAAAAGCAUGCAAAGUAGAGAAACUAUUCCUGAACAACAAAAAAUGGUGGAAAUAAAGACAGGCAUAUCUGGAGAGCAGUCAUCAGAUUAUAAGAAAGCAAUUCAUCCAUCAAGACAGGUAGCAGCAGCUGAGGAUGCUCCAAAUGGUGAUAGAAUACAGUUUCCAUACAUUCCUGACAGUUCCAAGAAGUCUAGAGUCACCUUUGAAGAAGCUAUUGAUCCUGGCUCUACAUUACCCAAAGCACAACCUUUGGAUUCCCAAGAUUCUCAGCUCAUGAAAGGAGAAUCUACAAUGCCAACUGCUGACCAAAGGAAGGGCUGGGAGGAUGAAAAAGAUGAUGAAACAAUCAUGACUGAAGAAAAGUCAUUCUCAACAGAGCGCCUUAGGGAGAUGUUCCAGGAAAGUGAAUCCACAACACCCAAGACACAGCAAGCUGGUGAGAAAAUAGAUAAUUCUACACCAGAGCAUCAAGAAUCUUCUGGUGCUUCAUACACUUCUGAUGAGAAAUUAAGUGCUUCUGCACCAGCCAGAGCAGAUAUUCGUGAUGAUCACAGUGCAGACAAGCCUUAUAAAAAAUACACUGCCGAUGAUCAGAAAGUGGCUCCAUCUCUAUCAAGCAAAGGACCAGCAUCCCAAGUGCAACCUCUCGCUGCACCAUUUCAAAGAGCAGUCCCUGAUGGAGAUUCUCCUAGCAAACAAUUCACCAUUGAUCAAUGGCAACGUGCGUCUGCUCCAUUACAUGGUGAAAGUGCUGAUUCUGCUCCAAAACAGAUGCACGAACCAAUUACUGCUGCUCAUCCUGCUUCAGCAUCUACCAUCAGAACAAGUCCUGAUGGUCAUGAAGCAGGUAGUUCAAAGCUUGUCAGGACACCUGAGGACCGAAAAUUAGAGGCUGCAAAAGCUACACAAGAUCCAGACGCAAUCCAUGAAAAUGUUCAUGAUGCGGCUAUUGAUGAAAAUACAGCAACAUAUCAUGCUAGUGGUGAUGAGCUCAUCACAGGAUAUGUACAUGAUCGACAGGCACAUCCACCUGCAUCAACUCAAGCACAGCCAACUGUUGAAACUCCUCGUGACUAUGAUUCAUCCCAAUAUGAACAGAAAUCCACUCCAUCAGAUAAAGGAUCAUCUCAUGUUGCACAACCUCUUUCCUCUGUUGAACCAAUAAAGGAAGACAGUAAUGUUUCUGCAACUGAUUACGCUAAUGCGCCGCAAAUGAUUUUUCGGCAACAAGCCAGACCAUCUGCACCAAGUACAGUAGGAAUUCCAGCCUCAGAUACCCAGGGUGUUAUAGGGGAAAUCCAGGAGUUUACUCCUGAUAACCGCCGCACUGAUGAUUCAGAACAGGUUGCAGAUGUAUCACAAGCAAUCCCUGGUCAAGAAGAAAUGACAUCUCCGCCAAGCGCAACAGUUUUCCCAACCUCAGAUGCACAGCUUGCCUCAGCAGAAAUUCAGGAAGUCAUUCCUGAUGAUAAACAGGCUGUUGAGUCUGCUUUUGGACCAGGUGAAGUAGGUCCUCCUGAAAAGAAAUUUGCUCCAUCAGAUCAAGAAUUACCUCAUUCUGCAGAACAGCCUACCUCCGGUAAAUCAAGGAAAGAACAAACUGUUGUUCCCACUGCUGAACAAAUCAAGCAACAACCAACUGUCAUUGGUCAAAAAGACACACCAGAUACAAGAGAGGCUCUGACAUCAGAAGAUGUGCUUGAUACUGCGCCUACCCAUGGCGACGUUCACCCUACUGGUAGCAUUGAACCAGACAGAAGACCUUUAUCAAUUCAAGGGGAAGAAACUCAAGAACCACGACCUCGUGUGGCUAAAGACUCCCUAGACACUGAAGAUAUAUCUACUGAUGCGUUAGGAAAUGUUCAAUUCUUGAAACCAUCAACAACUCCAGGUGCUCUUCAUAUCACAACUGGUAUUACACCUGUUGAUGUAGCUUUGGCUGAACAGACAUCUUCCACAUCAGGUCAAGAUUCUGCGGAUCCUGCAGAACCAGCCUUCCCUCUUGGUCCAAGGAACAAAGAAAUUAGAGAUUCAACUCCUUCAGGACUACUUAUUUCCUCUACCGACCCAAGUAAAAGAGAUGCUAUUGUUGCUGUACCUGAUCAAGCCAAGGACUUGCAAACAACUCCCAGUGGACAGGACAUAUUGUCCACCCAGCGUCCUUCAGGGAAGGUUCAGGAAACUGUACCUGGUGAUGACUCAAGCAACGAUGAGCCAUUGAGACCAUCCUCUGCUGUUCGAGAAGGCGAACCCUCCAAAGUGGUCCCAGCAUCAGUUCCAGGCAAGCAACUUGGUAGUGUACCGAAUGAAGUAGCCUAUGAUGAACAAAAGUUUUCUCUGUCAGGUGAUGAAGUUCCUUCAAGUCAAGCUUCUGCUUAUCCGGCACAGCCUCCUUCCUCUUCUGAGGCAAGGAGCAAAGAGAUUGGAGAUUUAGCUCCUUCCGCACAACUAAAUGUCACUAACGAGCCAAAAAAUGGAGAUGAUAUUGUUGCUGCACCUGAUCAAGCCAAGGACUCCGAAACAACUCCUGGACAACAAGUCAAAUUAUCUGCACCAUCCUCUUAUACCCAGCAUCCUUCAGGGACACUUGAGGAAGAUGAACCUGCUGAUAAUCCAGGUGAGGCAAAGUCUUCCAAACCACGCUCUGUUGCUCAAGAAGGCAAGACAUCUACAGCAGUCCCAGCAUCAGUUCCAGACACACAAUAUGGUGCUGCACCAAAUCAAGUAGCAGUUGAUGAGCAAAAGUUUGCUCUGUCAGGCCAAGAUUCUGCCCAUACAACAUUACCAGCUCCAGCUCCAGGUACACAAUAUGGUACAGAACUACAUAAAGCAGAUGAUGAACAAAAGUUUGCUUCAUCAGGUCAAGAUUCUGUUCAUCCUGUACAGCCAGCUUUCUCUACUGAUGAACAAGCAAAAGAAGACACUGUUACUGCAACAGAUCAAACCAGCACACUGGAAAAAAUAAUUGGUCAAAAAGAUACGACUCCUACUCCAGACAAAGCAAAAGCUCCCUUCUCGGGUACUCCUGAUGCUUCAAGGGAAACUCAGAAAAGUGCUGAUGAUGAUCGCAUUGAUGACAAACAUCCAGGCCAGGGGCGAAUUUCUCGUUAUAGAAAUGUUUCUGAGCCACCCGAAGGACCUACCCCUGAAGUGCACAGUGAUGCUGUCAUUAAGGAGACGACACUUGGAUCUAGUCAAGCAGAAACUUCAAAGACUAGACCUGAUUCAGCACCAAGCAGCGGUGAUGUGCCAGCAACAAAUUCUUUGCCAGAAACACAGGAUCGGCAGGGCUCUGCAUAUGCCCGGAAUGUACCCGCUGAUUCCUUACAAAAUAUCAAGUCACCAGGACACCUCUCAUCUGAUCAGGCAUUGGCACCUAUAAUGAGCCCAUCUGUACCUUCAGUUGCUCCCCUGGGUACUGUACCAAGUACAAAUUCAGUCCAGCUACAAUGGAAAGCUUCUAUGGCAUCUACAGUGGACCUAGAAUCUGUUCCAGACACCCAGCAUGGUAUCCCACGAGGGGAAGCCACCCCAGCUGAACAGAAAUUUGCUGUAUCUGAUCAAGAGCUGCCACAUACUUCAGAACUGCCUUCUGCUGCUAAAACAAGGAAAGAAAAGGCAAAUGCUGCUAUGGGUGAUCAGCCAAAUGUACCACAAGGUCCAGAAACUGUUCGACAUCAAGUCAAGGCACCAUCAUCAGAUGCAAGAGAAACUUUACCGAAAGAUCAGCAACCCUCUGGUGCUGCGCUUCCUGAACAAAUUACUCAUCCUGUACUUCCUUCUGACUUACGUGACCGACCUACUCCUGAAGUGGGCCGUACUGUUGUUGAUAAGGAGACAACUCUUCUGUCAAGCCAAGCACAAACUUCAACCUCUGAGCCUGACUCAACACUGUUCAGUGGUGAUGUAUCGCCCACAGGUUCUCUACAGAAUCAAGAUGCGCAACCUCCUGUAGCAAUUCAAGCACCAGCUACUCAGUCUCUACAAGGUUCUGCACCUACUCAUGAUGAUUCAUUAGGAAAAUUCGAGUCACCAAGACAAGCCUCGACUGAUCAAGUCAUGGCACCUGUGAGUGACUCAGCGGCACCUGUGGAUGCUUCACAAGUUACUGAAACAGGUCAAGAUUCUGCUGAGUCUAUACAACCCCCUUUCUCUUCUGAGCCAACAGAAGACAACACUGUUGUUACUGCAGCUGAUCAAACCAAGGAUGUGGAGACAGAAAUUCACCAACAAGCCAUAGCACCUGCUCCUGACUCAGCUAAAACUCCAUUCCCAGGAACUCAGGAUGCAUCAAGGAAAAUUCAAGAAAGUACUCCUGAUAAUGGUCACAUCAAUGAACCUUUUCCAAGCCAAGAGCAAAUGCUUCUUGGGGGGAGCAGUUCUCAACCGCGUGAAGGACAGAUUACUGAUCCAUAUGGAACCAAUGUUAAUGGAAGGACUGGCACAUCUUUAUCUAGCCAAGCAAAUAGUGCAGACCCUGGGUCUGAUUUGGCACCUACCCACACUGAUGUUCACGCUUCAGUUGAUGAAGGACCAACUGGAAUUUAUUUUGCUGCGCCUGGAGCACAGAAGCAGCUACCUGCGGAAACACAAGAUGUAUCCCUUGAUUCCUCCAGUAAAACUAAAUCAACUGGUCAAGAAUCCAUGGCACCGACAAGGGACCUUGCAUCUUCUCCGGACACUCAGCUUGAUUCCUCACGAACACAACACGAAGCUGCCCCAGCUGGACAAAAAUUUGCUGUAUCAGAUCAAGGAUUUUCCAAUGCUUCAAAAUCACCUUCCUUUGCUGAACCAAGGAAAGAAGAGACAAAUGCUGGCGCUGCUGAUCAAGUAAGUGUACCACAGACAACUGCUGCCCAUAAGAUCCCAAGUGCAACAUCAGAUGCUCCACAAGGUGUUGAACCAGGUCAGGUAUCUGCUCAUGCUUCAGAACCACCUUUCUCUGCUGAAGCAAGUAACGAGACCUCUCAUGCUGCUCGUGCUCCUGAAUCACACGAAGGGACUACCCCUCAAGUGCGUAGUCCUGUGGUUGAUGCAAAGACAACACUUCCAUCUAGGCAAGUGCAAACUGCAAAUGCUGGACCUGAUUCAACACCAAUCAGUGGUGAUGUGCCAGACAGAAGUUCUCUACACAAUCAAGAGGCACAACUUUCUGCAGCAACUCAAGUGCCAACUAUUCAGGCUCAAGGUUCUGCGUCCACCAAGAAUGAACCUGCUGAUUCCUUAUUAGGAGAUAUCAAGUCACGGAGACAACUGCCAACUGAUGAAGUUAUGGCGCCUAUAACAAGCUUCGCAGCACCUUCAGAUUCUUCACAAGGCACUGAACCAGGUACAAAUUCAGCUCAGCCUUCAGAAGAAGCUUCAUUUGAUUUUUCGAGUGAUGAGAAACCCACUACGACUCAAGGUGAUCAAGCUAAAACCCUACCAAAUGUUGAUCUACCAACCAGUCAAGUAGCUGGGCAAUCUGAAAGUGAAGACUUCAGAAGAGUGGACUCCCAAGAGAACUUGAAAGGGGCAUCACCCAAUGAACCCAAGACGCAACAGCAACUUCAGCAGUUCAACACUCAAUCAUUUAAAGAGAACAACGAAGAAGCUGACGAACCAGGGAACCCACAACCGAGUGAGCAAGCUAUUAUUGACUCACCAGAGGGCAAUGAGAACCAAGCUGAACAAACUAAACCACGUGACACUGAAACUGGUGGGCCAGAAGACAUGGAGGCCUCAGAAAAUAGCAAUCAGAAGAACAGCAGAAUAUCUCAAGUGGAAACUUCAGAUCAUUCAGGAAAAGAAGCCUCAGGAGUUCAGCGGCUGGCUGAGAACACAAAAGAUGCUCCCAACUCAACCGAGGAUGUACCAGGUGAUGUCGAAGCAUUUAGUAAAUCCAAGGAAAGCUCAAGGUCUUCUGAAGAACCCAAGGUGCAGCUACAGUCUGUUGACGAGAAUGGUAGCUCAGAAACCGGGCAACCUACAGAAGGAGACCUUCCAGCAAAUAGCUACCAGAACGGCGGUAGACAAUCUCAGGCAGAGGCUUUAGAUAAAUCUGACGAACAAUCUUAUCCUGGUAUUCAGAACAAGGACAGGGACUCGGGCAGAUCGAACGACUCAGCCGAUCCAACCAAGACUGGCGACAUGGAAGAUUAAGUCCCAGGAAAACCGCUGUGCAAUGGCUCGUCGACCAACACAUUAUGUUGGAAUCCAUUACUGAAUAAAGGCCAAGCGAGACUGAAAGAGCAAGCAUUUUACGAAUUCAUCUGUUUUAAAAUUUAUCUUAUUUUCUUUCCUUAUCCGUUAUUGUCAUCUAAUAAGGUCAACUCAGGUGCCAUCCUUGGGUUGAUGUUAUUUUACAUGUAUAUAUUCUUUUGCUGUGCCUGUCCAAGCACAUUUUAACCUUGAUUUUCCGAACAGUGACUGCUGUGAGAAUGCAACGAUUUAUUCUUUUCUUUCAACA